AUGAGUGCCUGGAGACAAGCUGGACUUAAUUACAUAAACUACUCGAACAUCGCUGCUAAGAUCCUGCGGCGAUCCUUGAAACCCGAGUUGCGCGCUGAAGCUCUGAAGCGUGACGAUUCUAAUGUCCGCAUUACUCCAUGGGCUAACGGCAAGCCAGCACGUAAGUAUCCAUAUAGUCAAAACCUAUGA